CCCAGCUCUUGCCUCUUGGUUUCUUCUCCCCUCUAUUUCUCCCUAUAUAUAUAUACACACACACGUACAUGCAUAUAUAUAUUUUCUCACUUGCAGAGAAAGCAAAAUAGGAGAGCAACAUCAAAACCAGAAAAAAAAAAAAACCCGAAAAACAAAAACACCGAAACAGUGGCCGGAAAAUAAGUUUACUACAAAAAGAGAGAGAGACAUGGACGGGAAGUUAUGGCUGGUUUCUCUCCUUGUUCUGACUACUACUCUUUGGACAUUAGCCAACGCAGUCCCUUACGCAGAGCCAUUCAAUCUCACCACCAUCCCCUUCGACGAAGGAUACAGCCCUCUCUUCGGCGACGGCAACCUCGUCCGCUCCCCCGACGGUAAAGGAGUCCGCCUCCUCCUCGACCAAUAUACAGGGUCUGGCUUCAUUUCCUCCUCUCUUUACGACCAUGGCUUCUUCAGCGCCAAGAUUAAGCUGCCGUCGGAUAACACCGCCGGUAUUUGCGUUGCUUUCUAUACAUCCAACGCUGACGUGUUUGAGAAGAGCCACGAUGAGUUGGACAUAGAAUUCUUGGGUAACACGGCUGGAAAGCCAUGGAGGUUUCAGACCAACUUGUACGGCAACGGCAGCACCAGCCGCGGCCGCGAGGAGCGCUACCGCCUCUGGUUCGACCCGUCUAAAGACUUUCACCGUUACAGCAUCCUCUGGACCCCUAAAAACAUCAUAUUUUACGUGGAUGAAGUACCAAUAAGAGAGGUGGUGCGAAAGGAAGCAAUGGGCGGUGACUACCCAGCAAAGCCGAUGUCUUUGUAUGCAACGAUAUGGGAUGCCAGCAACUGGGCCACCAACGGCGGCAAGGAGAAAACGAACUACAAAUAUGCCCCCUUUGUCGCAGAAUUCAAAGACCUAGUGCUAGACGGCUGCCCUUCCGACCCUAUUGAGCAAUUUCCGUUCGCCGAGGCCUGCGCCGAGAAGCUUGCCUACCUCAACGCUCAAGAAUACUCCACCAUUUCACGAGCACGGCAGGCGGCCAUGCGCCGGUUUCGUCAGCGUUACAUGUACUACUCGUAUUGUUACGAUUCGUUGAGGUACCCUGUAACAAUGCCGGAGUGCGAGAUCAGUCAGGCAGAGAAGGCACGGUUCAAGAAUACCGGUAGGUUGAAGUUUGGAGGCAGUCACAAAAAGCAGCCUAAGAGGCGGAGCCGGAAUAGGGGUGCGGCUUCCGACAACAAAGUAGAUAUAUGAUGAUCGUAUCAUCAUCAUCAUCAUCUGUUUGAAUUAUUUGUAAAUUGAAAUGUAGUGAUGAAUAUUAAUCAUAAUUUUGUUCUCCUCCCCAAACCUCUCUUGAUUAUUGGAAGAUGAACCCUUUAUUUUAAAAGAUAUUAGACUGGUAUACAUAAAUAAAAAGUCACAAAGCGAGAUAUAUAUGGUGGUUUUUAAAAUAAAGUCAUGAUUUUAAUGUAGAGGAAAUUUUAUAAAUAGUAUUCGAACUAAAAGUCAUUCAUU